ACAUCAUAAGCAGGUAUGAAAAAACUAAAUGAAGUUUAAAUAUAACGGCAGUUUUCUUCACCUUGCAGUGUAAUAGUUUGGUUGUUCUUUUCAGUUCAGCGAAUCUACAGACAGAAUGGUACUUCAGAGCUUCACCUGGGUGACCAUCAUCCUCUGCUUUGUGCAUGUCAGCGCAGUACCCAUUACAUGCGGACUCCAAAGAAGAUUGGUAGACAAAUCCCACAGCCUACUAGAGAGCAUGAGUGGUCUCUUUCCUGUGGAGUGCCUUGAGCAUAAUCUUCCAAUUGCAUUCCCGUCCUCUGCCUUUAAGACCUCUGAGACAGCAGAAAGUGGUGGUGCAGAGAAGGCGGCUUAUGAAACUCUCAAAUUGAUCGACACUCUGUUUGCCAAUGACUCAAUGCCGACCAGCUGGAACAAUCUUGAGGAUUUCCAGGACAUUAUUUACCGUCAGAUUGAGGAGAGCGAAUGCAUUAUGAGCAAAACUCAAUCAUCUCAGGAGGAUUCCCCAGCUAGAAAUGCAACGCUGAAAAUGUACUUUGACAAAAUAGCAACAGUUUUGAAAGAAAAGGAAUCCAGUGAUUGUGCGUGGGAGGUGGUUCGAAAGGAGAUAUUAUACACACUCAAAUUUAUUCUCCAGAGCUCCAACUACCUUAUUUAGUCAAGAAGCAAUGUGAAAACAGAUCUAUCUAUUUGUCUGUCUGUCUAUAUAUUUAUUUAAUUAUGUAUUUAUUUAUUGAAUUAUGUAUUUAUUUAUUUAUCUAGAUGCCAAUUUUGUACAAUGCAUAUUUAUAUUUAUUCAGCACUU